CUCACCCCUUAGAGACCAUUGGUUCAGGCAUACCAGAACUUUACAACCAACAGGUUCGGUCAUCAUCAUCAUUAUCAUCAUUCCCCAUUCAACCAAACGUGGACCAGUAUGGUUUCAACCCCGGAAGCAACCAGGAGGGACAUGGCAGAGAUAGAGCCACUGCUGUCCUCACUAAGUCCAAAUCAUGGGACUUUGGAAUGGGACACUACUACCCCCAACAACACACUUCCAUGGUGACGUUUCAAGAUGGCAGAUUCCUCCAAGCCCCUGUCUCCAUGACAACCUCUAUGACCUCUGAAUUUCGAACCCACCACUACAGCUUCCUCCAAAACUACCCCCACCACCUGGGUCUAUACCGCAGCCAGAGGGACUACAACCUCCAUGGCCACCACCACCAACAAGCCUCCUCCAACCACUUCCCCUACUCCCAGCACCAGCAGCCCCACCUAGCUAUCACCUCCUCAGGGGUUCCCCAUGGUGGCUUGGAGGGGAAGAACGGCCGCAGGACUGUGGCGAAGAAGAGAGCUGCUCUACACAGCUGUGAAUACUCAGGUUGUAGUAAGACCUAUACCAAGAGCUCCCACCUCAAGGCUCACCUCCGCACACACACAGGUAAGAAAACAUCAAUUAAAAUACAUUACAUGGGUAAGAAUGCAUCAAUUAUAAUACAUUACACAGGUAAGAAUACAGAGAUUAGAAUACAUUACACAGGUGAGAUUAGAAUACAUUACACAGGUAAGAAUACAGAGAUUAGAAUACAUUACACAGGUAAGAAUACAGAGAUUAGAAUACAUUACACAGAUAAGAAUACAGAGAUUAGAAUACAUUACACAGAUAAGAAUACAGAGAUUAGAAUACAUUACGCAGAUAAGAAUACAGAGAUUAGAAUACAUUACGCAGAUAAGAAUACAGAGAUUAGAAUACAUUACACAGAUAAGAAUACAGAGAUUAGAAUACAUUACACAGAUAAGAAUACAGAGAUUAGAAUACAUUACACAGAUAAAAAUACAGAGAUUAGAAUACAUUACACAGGUGAGAUUAGAAUACAUUACACAGGUAAGAAUAAAGAGAUUAGAAUACAUUACACAGGUAAUAAUAAAGAGAUUACAUUACACAGGUGAGAUUAGAAUAUAUUACACAGGUAAUAAUAAAGAGAUUACAUUACACAGGUAAGAAUACAGAGAUUAGAACACAUUACACAGGUAAGAAUACAGAUAUAAGAAUACAUUACUCAGAUAUUGAGGCAUUAAUGCAUAUUCUAGGGAUUAGAAUACAUUAUGGAUAAUAGGCAGAACUGCAUGAUGGACAAUUUCAUAUGGAUGAAUAAUGAUUCAUGGUUUUCAGUAGUAAUGGCUAUUGAAUAGAAAAAGUGUAAACGAUCCUUGGGAAGUCCCAACUCUGAUGUCAACCCAUUGAAGUUGAAAUGUAAAACAGUUAAGGAAAGGGUUUAGGUAAGGGUUAAGGUUGGGUUAAGGUUGGGU